UGAUAAAUAUGUAAAGUCUUUUGUUUUUACCAUCAAGCGUUAAUCUUCAAUAUCAAACACAAUGCAUGUCUACAAAGUUUUAAUUUUUCUUGUCAUUUUUAUCAGUACCGUUCAUUGUCAGAACACAACUAUUAUAACGGACCAGAAAACCGUGUCCGACCUGCGGAAUAGAGUGUCCUUAUUAGAGAGAACUAUUGGAAAAAUGCUAACUGGAAAGGACAACAGAAACAUUACAACUUUCAAUAUAGCCAGAAAAGGAGUCCCCAUGUUCAAUAACACACCCGUGGUAUUUUGCGCCUCGUCUAGCAGUAGCGUCAGCGGAUUAAGCGUUGGAUUCAUUCUGAAAUUCCCUUCUGUCAACAUCAACCUGGGGAACCACUACAACCCCGCCAAUGGAAUCUUCAUCGCACCUGUUCACGGCCUUUAUAUGUUCCACUGGACCAUGCAAUGUCACUACAGUGGUAGCCCACAUUGCAGUACCGGUCUAAGAGUUAACAAUGCACUGAAAGGUCAAAUACGAUCUGGUGAAGAGGCUAGUGGUUACUACCAUACUGGAUCCAACACAGUGUUCUUAGAGGUUGAAGCAGGAAACCAUGUCUGGAUUGAAAAUGAGAGCUAUAAUAAUGUCUACAUUAAUUCCGAUUCAUCAUUUGGAGGAUCGCUUUUACAGAUCCUUUAGACAAAAUUGAAAAUAUUUUGUGGUAACUGUGUGGUCGAGAAACUAUUACCACUUCGCAUUUUCCAAUACUUUCUUGAGAAAACUAUUGUCAUUACAUAUACAUUUGUCAUUAUAUGUGACAUGAAUCAUAAAAACUGCAUCUUAUAUAACAACUGAAGCAUCAAUUGUAAUCCACAUUUUGAAUUUUUGUUGUAUAAUGUAUUUGAAAACGCAUCAUUUUGUCUUUUGUUCAGUUAUAAAGAAUGAAUGCAUCGAGAAUUGAAAACAAAUAACAAUAAUUAUAAUUUUAAAAAGUUUAGUGCUCUUAAUCUUAACAGUUUUGAUUUGAAACGGACUGAUAAAUUAUCAGUUGACACGGCUAAAAUACAGUUAACUUAAGGCCAUAUGAUCCGGGAGGUGGCGUGCCCCGAUAAUUGUGCCACUACAA